ACGUCAUCGUUUCGCGACAACUGUUUACUUUUUUGGUGCUAUGGCUUCGCCAGACGAAACGAGAAGUACAACACCAUGCAGAGGCAGAAGUGCACAUUUGAGUAGAGGUUUGCUUAAGAGGACCCCUGGUGUGGUGUCAAGAAACCUUCACAAUAGUUUUAAGUCUCCAGUGCAGUCUCCUUGUAUCCAAAAUUCCCCCAAAGAGGACCAUGUGAAAAUACAGGAUGAAAUAAAAAAUCUACAAAAAAGAAGGGAGGAGUUGCACAAACAAAUAACAAAGCUGGAGUUGGAAGGUUACAGUGUGGGCGAGUUGGAUCAGCACAUUAAGCAGCUUCAUGAGUACAAUGACAUUAAGGACAUUGGUCAAAUGCUUUUAGGAAAACUGGCAACAAUCCGGGGGGUGACAACAAAGGAUUUGUAUGUGGAAUUUCAUUUGGACCUGGAAGACUAGAUGGUUGCUUUUUGCAUCACUACAGUACAGAAUAUCCUCCUCCAUUUGCAACAGACAUGGAAGCAGGGAAUAAGCUACACAUCUUAAAGAGGACUGUGUUCAAGGGAAUUUCAUACAUACGUUUUGUAAAAGACUCUUGGUGGUGGUGGUGGUUUGGUGUAGUUAUAUUUAUUCUAACAUGUAAUUACUUUGAACAGCAAGCAAAAUCUGUAUUCUGAGGUUUUCAAUUUGAGAAAAGCCAUACCUGUAGAAAAGGAUGUCAUUUAUCAAAAAAUGUUGAUAAUCUUUAAGUGUUAUAAUGACUAUCGGAAGUACGAGAUUUUGUUGAAGUUAUGUGAGCAAGGGUUAAUUUAAAAUUAAUAAGCAACCUCAGGUUUAGUAUACAGUAUAAGUACUUAUUUUGCUAGUUAUUUCAUCUAUAAAAAUGCUUUUUAUUGAUCCUAUUCUUGUUUAAUAUUUCUAUUUUUCUCAAAUUUCUACAAUUUGUUUUUAUUUGUUCCACUGAAAUACUUAAUCAAAACUGAGUGUCUCUUGCUGCCUUGACUUUCUGUGAAUAAUUGUUAAUUUUAUCUGAAGGGUAUCUUUAUGGCAUGACAUUUAAUAAGCAAGUGGUUAAAAUCCACACUGCCAACUGUAAGAAGUCAAAUUCCAAUUGCAGGUAUUGGGUCAAAAUACAGAUUUAUUCUACAGA